AGACAAGUUCAACUUAUUUUAUAAAUCUUAAAUUUUAAAAAAUGGCUAUGGCUAAUGUAAACAAGGGCGAGAUCAUGGAUCAGGUGAAACAACAGAUUGCCGUAGCUAAUGCCCAGGAGUUGCUCACGCAAAUGACGCAAAAGUGCUUCAAGAAGUGUGUCGGCAAGCCCGGCUCCUCGUUGGAUUCCUCUGAACAGAAAUGCAUAUCCAUGUGCAUGGACCGGUUUAUGGACUCGUGGAACCUCAUCUCGCGUGCGUACGGCCAGAGAUUACAGCGCGAGCAACAGAAAUACUAGACAAACAGUGUAGCCUGCAUUUGUAGCCGAUCGGGACUAUUACGUCAGCUACCUAUUGAUUAGUUGUAACAUUCACGUUUUAAUGCAAUAAACAAAAAACAUGCAUUACA